UGCUGCUGUGUGUUGCUGCUGCUGCUGCUAUUUUCGCUGUUGUUGCUGCUAUCAGUGAACCAACCAAAAGCUUUCAGCUUUCAAAGACAACAAAAACAAACAGCCAAAUUGCCUGUUAUUUUUAUGGCCGCCGCUGUCAUUGUUGCUGUUGUGACUAUAAUAAUAUGAAAAGUAAACAAAGUUGCUGUCGUCGUUCCGCCGUUGUCAUCAACGUUUAAACGUACGGCGGCAAUGUCGCCCGUUUUCUCUCGCUUUUGGCUUUCCAGCUCGCAAAACUGUACUGAAAAUAAUAGCAACUACAACAAUGUCGGCCGCAAUGUUUUAUUAAGUUUCACGAAAUAUACAUAUACAUAUACAUAUAUGAGCGAAAAGCUCUAUUCGUCCGUCGUUUGCUGAGACAGCAGCAACAGAACAGCACAGCACAGCAACAGCAACAAAACAGCACAGAACAGAAACCAACACAAACAAAUACAAAUAACACGACAAAACGAAAAGAAACCGAACACAAAACCCCAGAACAAAAAGCAAAAAAGCUGAAGAGAACUUCUCUUUGUUUGCCUUUGCCGCCUGCUCGUAAAUAAAUAGGAAUAUGGAUAGGAAAGUCUAAAAAUCAAAUAUUGGAGUGGGAGUGCCAAGCGAAACUUUAAGUUUCUAUUUCUUGGGCUGUAGUUGUGCAACCUGAUAAUCAUCUAAGUCUCCGAAUCGAUGGGCUGUGUGAGGUUCGACCUUCCCACCUACGAAUAUGACAACCUCAACGCGCAGCAGUAGCAAUACAACAACUAGCAACAAUAACCCCAACAGCGAGCGCGAGGAACGAACCGGAGCAGCAAACAGCACCACCUACAACCACCAUAGUCCCACUGGAUCUGGAUCGGGAUCUGGAGCCCCAGGAGCCGCCAUCGGAUCCACGAGUCGAGUGAUGCAGGCGGACGAGGACUUCAACAUCCGCUUUGUCAACCUGGUGCGCACCCACAAGUGUCUCUACGACAAGAAGGUGCCAGAGUACCGCAACAGGGAUAACCAAGAAAAAGCCUGGGUGCUUAUCUCCAAGGAGACACGUGAAAGUGUGAUCCACUGCAAGGAGCGAUGGCGAAACCUACGCGCCUGCCUGUCGCGCUACAUAAAGCAACAGUCCGGGUCGGAGCCACAGCACAAGCCCUACUACCUGACCGAGCACAUGGCCUUCCUGCUGCCCUUCCUCAAGUCCAGCCGCAACUCGCUGGAGGGCAACAACAGCCUGGCCACGCUGUACCAGAUGUCCCAGCAGCACCUCCACCACCAUCAGCCGCACCUGCUCCACCCGGCGAUCCAUGCCCACGAGGAGCACAUCUACUGCGCCACAUCCAACAUCAAUGGUAACAGUAACAACAACAACAUCAGUAGCAACGGGUUGAAUAUGGAGGAGGUGCUGGAGAUGAAGUACUCGAUCUCCGAGAAGGACGAUGAGGAGACCAUCGACGCCUUUGAUCCGGCGGUGACCAACACCCUCGGACUGAAGCGUCUUCCGGCCACGCCCACUCACAGAGAGUCGCCUGCCAGGAGCGAAACGGCCAGUGCGGACAGCAUGAAGAACUUCAUUCCGGAUGUGCAGCUGGCCGAGACCGGGUCACAGCUCCUCUAUAACGACAGUGGGCGUGGCACACCGCCGCCCCUGCACUAUCAUCCCCACUCUCAUCCGCAUCCGCAUACGCAUCCCUUGGCCUUGGCCAUGGAUCACCAUUCGGCGUCCUUUGAACCGGGCACCAAAAGGAUUAAGACGGAAUGCGAGGCCACCAGCACGAUGACAAGUGCUGGAGGAGGCUUCUACGGCGGACUGAGUUCCUCGGAACUGGCGGACAUGGAGUUCUUCCGCAGCAUCCUCCCAGAUCUGGCAGCUCUUACGCCCCAGCAGCGUCGCAAGUUCAAGAUCGGCAUCCUGGAGCUCAUCGACGACGUCGUCACACGCUAUCCCGCCCAGGAGCAUUGCAACGGAGGAGGAGCAGCGCAGGUGGUGAACGGCAGUGGAGGCAGCAGCAAUGGGGCAUCGGUGAACCAUCAGAGGCGCAGCUCUGGACGCGAUUGGCGGAAACAAUGAAGGCAUCGGAGGGGGAGGAGCGGACAGUCACUAAUCCUUAACUAGAAAUAGCAUAGGUUUAGUUAGAAGCCUAAGGUGGAACUGAAGCUGGAGCGGAUGCCACUACUAAUCGGUGUCUUAGCCAACUUCAGUCAGCUCACUGUUCAUGUGUUGUGUGCGCUCAAUCAGAUGAGUAUGUAAAUAUAUGGGCCUUAAAUGGUUUCACACUCACGAUUAUUGUUGGACUUCGAUUUGUACGAUUAUUUUCUUUAAAAAAUGUUACAGUUUUCAUUUUUAAUUGAAUUGCCGCGACAUUUUUCAAAGAUUUUUGAAGCAAUCGAACUCCUUUCAGUGGACGUGAAAUCAUGAAUGCCUAUUAAGCCAUUAAGCUCUAAAUGAAUUGUGCCAGAAAUUUCCUAAAACCUUAGUUGUAUUCAUAAAUCUGAGCAGAGAAAAUACCUCACAGAUUUAUGUUUUAUAAACAGUGUUUUUUUUGAGUUUCUUUUAGAGCAUAACAUUAGAAAAACUGUAUAUACGAUGCUGCUUAAGCUUAAACUAUAGAAUCGAUGUACAAAGCUGUUCCCGUU